AUGUGGCGAGUGAAUGAUAAGGAUGAGGACGCAGCGAGCAAGAGUCCGGCCUCGUGGCCAACAGCAGAGAGCGUUAUUCUGAAGCGCAUUAGCAGCACUGGUCUUCAUCCUUCGCUGUCGCAUUUGAAGACAGGGAAGGAGCUUGUGGCAGUAUCUAAGGACGCAGAGAAGGAUGCAGAUAAUGGGGGGUUGGAGAAAACGGAAGGCACGGAAGGCGUGGAGGAUGUAGAUGGUUCUGCCGUCGGUGGAUCUAUAUUGUCUGUGUCGGGGAUCAUCAACAGUAUUCGUGAGAAACGUGCUGCCUCACAGCAGCAGCCACAGCAGCAGAGAGGAUCAGACCUGCACGAUCCGUUGCUGCCGUACUUUCUGUUUGACACGUACAGUCUGGUGCACCAGCUGAUGGAGUGUGGAUUCACUCGGGCUCAGGCAACAACACUGACGACUUUAAUCAAGCACAAGGUGUACGAGGGCAUGGAACAAGUCAAUUCAGGGAUGCUGACGAAAAGUGAUCUCGAAAACGACGCGUACCUGUUUCGCGCGGCGCUUCAGGAGCUGCGCACGGAGACGCAGAUGAUCAGGAAAAACGACCAAGCGAUUCUCGAGUCGCAAGCGGCAGCCAUCAACCGCGACAUUGACUCGUUGGCGCAACGCACUCAUGAUGAGAUUGCCAAUUUGCGGUCGGAUAUUGAGAUCGAGCUUAACAACCACAAGCACGAUACGAACCACGAGAUGAAGAGCCUAGAUAUGGAACUGCAUGAGCUGUCGAGCAAGUACCAGGUGAUUAUGGGUGAAAUGAAGACGGAUAUUGAGGCUAUCAAGCUGGACUCGAUUCGCCGCGGGCUUAUCACCGCUGUUGUCACGACGCUGUUUGUUACGGCGCUGAUUUGGGCGCCAGAUAUCCUAGAGAACAUGAAGAAUAAGAGCAAGCUGGGCGCUAAAGCCAGUGAAUCUGCAGAUGGGUCUGAUGACGAGAGGCGUGUCGGAUUGGGCGUUGGGGGUGGCAGUGGCAAAGCAGCCUCGCAAAGGUCGACGGGUGCCGGAAGGGCCGGGGUCAGUAGAGAUUCUCAGGUUCUGGCGCCAUUGCCGUACUCGAUAUCUGAUCGCUCGGCAAUGCCGUCAGCGGAUCAUUCCGGGCGGGGCAUUAGCAGGGACGACAGCACAGACAAUUCUUCACAGUUGAGGUACCGGGACCACAGUCACCUGAAUAUCCACUACGAUCCGACAAUAUCGCCGGCUGAUGAGCAGGUCAAUGCAUCGUUGUCCCAGCAGCAGAGGCCGAGGCACAUGUAUUUGGGCAGGCAGUUUGGUGACAUUAGUAGUGCGGAGCCGCCAGAGGGAUACGACGACUGGUUUGACUCGUUUUUCUACUCGCCACAGGGUGUCGCCAAGCACCAGAGCGGAAGCGAAAAGUCCGCGUCGUUGAUGGAUUCGGAUUCCAAGCUAGACACAACUUUUUGGAACUCUGGCGAUCAGGGCAUUGUGGGCGACAGUAGUGCUUCUUUGAGGACAGCGGGGUCAGGGCUUGGACCCGAGUCUGGGCCCGAGUCCAGGUCAGAGUCGCAGGCCGAGGAUGAUAAUGAUCGCCCCAAUACUUCAUCAUCAGAGGCCGGAUCCAACACCACUAUCACUACCAUUCCUCUGCAUUUUACAUACAGUGACAACCCGGCAAAGCCGGACAAUUCCGACAGCAAGUCGGCUUAA